GGUAGUGCGACCAGCAGCGGCAGCACGAGGAGGAGAAGAAGAAGAAGAAGGAAGCGGCAGUCUGUCUCAACACUGUCGGUGUGCAGGAAGCAGUGUCCCCCCCCCCCCCCCCAGCUGCUCCGGGUCCAGUCGCCGGUUGGUGCGCUCCACAUAUGGUUCUCCUCCGGCACAUCUCCAUCGCCCUGACCGCCGCCGUGGCUGCCCUGGGCUCCGCUCUCUUCAUCGCCUUGAACUUCUUCUACAAGAGGCGAAUAUGGUCACCGCAAGCGGAAUACUGCACGAUCAAAGAGGAGGAGGAGGAGCGUGGGAAGCGUCAGGUGCUGGUCCUCGGUCUGGACGGAGCCGGGAAGAGCAGCAUGUUGCAGGGUUUGACCCCCGGGGAGGCUAAGAGAGGCCGCUGCCGGCCCACCCGCGGCUUCAACUUCAUGAGUCUCAACGCCCCCGCCUGUCAGCUCGACUUCCUGGAGAUCGGUGGUGGGGAGGACCUGCGGCGGUACUGGUCCGACUACCUGAGGAAGACUCACGUUCUGGUGUAUGUGGUGGACUCCUCUGACAGGAGCCGCCUCCCAUUGGCUAAGGCUGAACUGCACCGCCUGCUGAGGGUGGAGCCCCAGCUGCCUGUGGUUGUCCUGGGAAACAAGCAGGAUAAGCCCAACGCCGUGAGCGUGUCGGAGCUGCAUGAAGCGUUGUCUCUGAGCUCCAUCACGGAGGAGAGGAAGCUGUUCCUCUUGGCUGCACAGCUGGGCUCGGAUGGGGCCCUGAGGAACUCCUGCCAGGGCCUGGACACCUUCCAGGAUCUGCUGCUCCAGCUCGUCUGAUCUCAUCCCCCCCCCCCCCCCCCUCACAGAGCAGAGGAGUAGGACAUGGAGGGAUGGAAAACAAAAGGGAUGGCUUAAAGCAAUCUUCCUCCUCAUCUUCCUCUUCAUUGCUUAAGCUCCAGCAGAGGAGGAGGAGGAGGAGGAGGAGGAGUUGAUGAAGGCUGAGGGAAAAGAGACAGAGAUGGAGCGCACAGCCUCGCACUACCUCCUUGUUUUCCUCCUCGCCCCUUUUCAAAGCACAUCAGCUGGUUUCAGAUAAUCCUUCUGCUCAUCUCAUUUUACUAUUUUCUUUUGACUUGACUCGUCUUACUCAUUGGAGGAGAGGAGGUGCAGAGCGAGGAGGACGGCGACCGUGACUCAGAGCCACAAACCUCACCUCCUUCGCACGAGUCUGAAUGUGACUCGUAGAUUGUACUGUGUAUAAACUGAAACAUGUGGAGUUUGUAGAUGCAUUUAUAGAUUUCGUCUGGUUUGCUGUUUUCUGAAAAACCUUUAGUGUGCGACCAGAGAAGUCAGCGGAGCAAACAGGGAAUAUUCAGGUUUGCAAAGGUUGCAGCACCACCGGGGACUCAAACUGCACCAGCUGUGAAUGUUUAGAAGAUACUCGCUGACUCCUACAUUUAAACUUCUCUGAGAUGUAGGGAAAUUUAAAAAGCACCCUUUGACAUCUUUGAGAAGCAGCGGGUUAUUUUUCCUGUCGAAAUCCUUACAGAAGAAGUUUCUACACUUGUCCGUGACUUUCUUCACAAGAGAGCGUUUUAGUUUUAUUUGAAAAGCGAUUCCUACGCAGCCACAUAUCCCACAUGUUAGCUAAACACAUUUCUUUAUCAGAUGACACUUCGGACAGAACUAUGUAGAGACACAAUCAGGAAGCUCACAAGGUCAAAGUUCAUAAGGAAGACAACUUCCCGCAGUUCGUGGCUGAAGCUGCUUCAUUACUGAGCGUUAGCUUACCAAGCUAAAGCUAAUGAACAGGCUAUGCUUUCAAAGCGCUCUCGCAAUCCGUUUGCGCCACAGUUAGAUCCCCGUGUAGACGACAGACAAGAAGUAGAAUCCAGCGGAACACACAUCGUUGAAUGUGUGAAUGCAGACGUGACGUAUUUGACUUUAAUGCUACUUGUACAGACAAACUGGAGUUAGCUAGAUUCUGAUUUGUAAUGCUGUAUGUGUGCAGCAAUGUUUGAUGCACACAUUUUUAAUGAACGUGAAGUUUUAUUCCUUUUGAUGUACUGUAAUUCUGCAGAAAUGUUGUUUUCGCAGUAACCAAGAGUUUCGUGGAUUGCUGUUUGUGCACUGUUUUGAUAACCAAUGACUGCUCGUCAUUCUUGUUUUUAUGUGUCAUGUAAAUGGAACUGUUAGAUAUGAAUUCAUGCAUGUUUUUAUGUUUUAUUCUUUUUUUAAACGUGUCAGCUGCAGUUUCUUAAACAGCAAAUGUCCAUUUGAGUUAUUUAGUCUUAAAGAGGAACUGGUUUUGCACAUGAAAGUGUGUUUCAAGGUGUCGGGGAGUACUGCUGCGCACGUGUGUUUAGUGAAAUCUGAGGAAUGUCCUCAAGUGAUGUCAAUCUGCUCAUCUCGGUUUGAGGCUCGAGGCUACAUUAGACGCUACUAGCAUAGCACGCCGGAAUCUCCUACCGAACUGUCAGCAGUCGAGUUGCAUUGUGGGUAAUGUAGGCGUCGGGUUUUGGGUUUUGAAUCUGUUGUUCUGCUGUAUCGAUUUUUAUCUUUUUUUUUUACUGUCCAUCAUGAGUCCAACAGUGUUAAACACACACACACACACACACACACACACACACACACACACACACACACACACACACUACCUAUAUUAUUUUAUUCAUUUGAAGUUUUUGCUUGAUUAUAUUUUUGCCUGUUUGUUUGCAUUAUAUAACUUUUGAAUUUGCUUGUAAUGCUUA